AUGAUUGUCUGCCUCCUUUUUAGCUUGCCAAGAUUUACUCCACUCCAUGAUGUCAUUUCUUUAGUUUUGAAGCUUUGUGGUCAAGGAUGCAGUAGUCGGUGCAAUUUAGAAGUUAUCUUUAAGGAUUACAUUCUCUCUUUCUCUCUAACUUUCUCUCUCUCUCUCUCUCUCUCUCUCUCUCUCUCUCUCUCUCUCUCUCUCUCUCUCUCUUUAAAAUAUAAUUCCGGUCAGGGAAUUUGUAUUGAUAUUUCCUUUGUUUGUUCAUGUCUCCGAUUGUUUUGUUGCGUCUUUUCCAAAAGCGACGCUGAAUAUCUUAUCUAUCAAAAAACAAUAGUAAAUAUUGCUUUGUAUCUAUUAAACUAUCUACUCAGUGUAUUCGUAUCUAUCUAUCUAUCUAUCUAUCUAUCUAUCUAUCUAUCUAUCUAUCUAUCUAUCUAUCUCAGUCUAUUCAGUAUCUAUCUAUCUAUCUAUCUAUCUAUCUAUCUAUCUAUCUAUCUAUCUAUCUCAGUCUAUUCAGUAUCUAUCUAUCUAUCUAUCUAUCUAUCUCAGUCUAUUCAGUAUCUAUCUAUCUAUCUAUCUAUCUAUCUAUCUAUCUAUCUCAGUCUAUUCAGUAUCUAUCUAUCUAUCUAUCUAUGUAUCUCAGUCUAUUCAGUAUCUAUCUAUCUAUCUAUCUAUCUCAGUCUAUUCAGUAUCUAUCUAUCUAUCUAUCUAUCUAUCUAUCUCAGUCUAUUCAGUAUCUAUCUAUCUAUCUAUCUAUUAUACUACAACACUAUCUCAGAAUGUUCAUUAUCUAUCUAUCUAUCUAUCUAUCUAUCUAUCUAUCUAUCUAUGCGUUUUACUUUCCCUUAUUCUUUCUUUCUUUUUUAUCCAUCUGAUACAUUACGUUCAUCGAUAAGCAACGCAAAUUUCUCUUUCUUUAAAAAUGUUUUCCUUUCCUCAAAAUGCUUUCUAUAUUUUUGUCUGUUCAUUAUCUAUCUAAUUCUGUUCAUUAUCUAUCUAUCUAUCUAUCUAUCUAUCUAUCUAUCUAAGUCUGUUCAUUAUCUAUCUAUCUAUCUAUCUAUCUAUCUCAGUUUACAUCUAUCUUUCUUGUUCUGGUCAUAUCUCUCGUUCGCUCGCGUUCUCUCUAUCCAUUCCUGUCUAUUCAUAUUUUUGUCUCUUUUCUCUCCAUAUCUCUCUAUCUAUCUUGGUUUGUUCAUAUGUCUCGCUCAUUGUCUCUCUUUUUCUCUUCAUUCCUACCUUCCAACCUAUUUCUCUAUGUAUUCAUCUCGUUCUGUUAUAGCUUUCUCUCUUCUUAUCUAUCUAUCUAUCUAG